UUCUUCUUAAUCUUACCUGGCAUCCAUAUAUUCACAAUAAUCAUGUUGGCGUUUGAGUCCCUGCGAGAAACCAUCUUAUCAAAUGCUCCAAUGAAUGACAUCAUCGGAGUCUUUCUCGCUCUGGGCUUUUGCGCCUAUAUUGUAGUCUUUCUCUCCGGGAGAUGGCCGCUCAUUUCAAACAAGACAGCCAGAGCCUCGAUUCUUGAUCUAGAGAAACCAGCUAGCAGUAUUCGUGGGAAAGUCACCAGGCCACCGGGUGAAUGGACACCAUCGGAUUUCAAAAGACCAACGGCUGCUCCAUAUCCAGGCUGGGAUGUCCAUACAACCAGACCAAUCCUCUAUCGACCAUUUCGAUAUGGCCCUAAAUACUUCAUCACAAUGGGUCUGCGAAGUAUGAAGUGGGACGAGUGGAUUGAACUCGACAACCAUUAUCUAAAAUACCACGCCGACAAAGCCCGCCGCAUCGAAGAACGUGGAAGCAAAUGCUGCUAUACAGAUCCAGAAGCAACGGACGGAGCAAUAGAGCUCCUAGAAGAACUGCAAGUCCAACAAAAGCCACACACAUCCCUUCCAGAUCUGACCGACCCAUCAGAUCGCCCCCUCCCCGAAGACCCAAUGGCAACUGCAGCCCGCCUAGUCCAAGACGACCUAGCCCUCAUGAUCGAACGCCCAGACGGCGAAUACUACCUACUAGCAGGCGCAGUCCUCCUAGCAGGAUUCUGGCGCCUAACCGAUAAAUUCGGCAUGCGACUCUCAGAAAUCCACACAUCAGGCGAUGUCCCAGGCUACGAAUCCAAACUGGAAAAGGGGAUGAUGAAUUUCUUCCGUAGGCUUAGACCCGAAGAUCCAGUUAUUCGGAAUAACUAUUUCAUUCAGGUGGAUGAUAACCUGGCUUGGUCGCAUAGUAUUGGGCCUGAGGAUGCCGAGACGGUAUCGUGGAACACGGCGGAGAAGAACCGCGCUGUUAAUAAUCAUUAUUUCAGAUCUGAGCGGCAGAGUUUGAGACGCUUGCCCAAGUCUGGUGCGGUGGUUUUUACGAUUCGGACUUAUUUUGAGCCUGUUACUGGGAUUGUUAGGGAGCCGUAUAUUCCUGGGAGGCUGGCUGAUGCUAUUAGGAGUUGGGGGGAUGAUGUUAGUCGGUAUAAGGGACGGGAGAAAUAUCAGGAUGUUCUGUUGGAGUAUUUGGGUCGGAAGCAUGUUGAGCAAGUUGAGGGGGGGGUUGGAGGUUGA